GUUGGCCUUGGCCAUAAAAAUCCGGGUAAGGACUUGCCAAUGAUGUCAUGCUGUGCAAGGAAGAAAAUGAUGGUAGGUGCCAGUGGCCUCAAGCUCGUCAAUGGUAACUACUGGAAUGGUGAACACCUCUAUCACACUCUAGUAGCGAAUGAGGUCGAUUCUGGAAGGUAUACCAAGUCCAAAAGACCCUGUGCUCUUGAUAUUAGCCUCUAAAGCAUCUGCGUCACUGGCUGCAUGUCUACCAAAGACUAAAUUGUAUAAAUAGUCUCGUUUUGCCGUUGUUCCUCACUCAAGUUGAAGCCAGCAUGUCCUUGCACAACUUGAGUGAAUUGGCUGAAAGCCUACCCAAACCAACACCACCAUCGCCAUUUCCACAUCCAUACUGGAUUGUGUUCUCAGACUACGGACCACGGUUUCCUAGUAUCGAAGAGAAACUCAUCCAGAAAUUCAGCCAGACCAUAAGAAGCAAGCCCCAAUGGAAACUGAAGUAUAAUAACAGUGACAUUGCUUCCAAGUGGAAACAGGAGUUCAGGGAUGAGUUUGGCAAAGAAACAAGAUCCAUGGAGGGCGUGCUUGACUACGUCUUUCUGGAAUUGAAGUGGAUCGACAAGACUGAAGCUACCCUUGGCGGGUUUACCCUAGGCCCGGACGAGAAGAUCCUCGCCAGUGGUACGGGAAUUGACGCUGUGGUGGAUGAAAAGGUCAAGCUACAAUUGCAAGAACAGGCCAAAGCAUUGGCUAAAUCAUUUGAUGAGGUUGACUACCAUCCAGGUACCACCACUGUUGUUGACUUGGUGCAUCCACUGUUGUUCCCAUUGCAGUACGGUGUGACUCCAAUCAAAAACGAGGACGGCGGUGUAAGUGUUUCGGAAUAUCUGGAAGAGAUCGAAAACAAAAAGAAAAGUGUCAGUUUUGGAAUUUCCAAGAAGUACCAAUGGUUACCCACUUCAAUGACUUUGGACAGUUCGCAAGACUUCCAGUUUACCUCCUACAUUAAUAAUUUGCACCCGGUCAAAUUUGAAAGCCUUUACAAGACUAUUUCACAGGUCUUCAAUGCGGCCGUGCCCGCAUUGAACUUUUCCUUAUCAUACUACGCUUCAGGUUAUCGCUACAAAGUAGAAGUACCCGAUGGAUAUGAGGCUUACCCAAAGGAAUAUGAAGAGUACAUGGAUGCUUUAUAUAAUGAAGAAGACAAAAAGGAAAAGGAAAUAGAAGGAUACGAAUAUGACUAUGACAAGGUGGAAGAGGUACUAAGUGCUAAGAGACUCGAAUUCUUAAAGCCUUUGACUGUCUCAUAUAAGGAAGAUCCCAGCCCUACGAACCCAAUCAAUGUCAAGGAUUUUGACCAGCUCAAGGUAAUUGUCAAGAUGGCUAACAUCGAAUUGACUCCCGAAAACCCUAGCUACCCUGGAGGCAGUUGGCACGUUGAAGGGACUAUCAACGAGAACAUUGUUGCGACUGUGUUGUAUUACUACGAUGUGGAGAAUAUCACCACUUCAACAUUGAGUUUCAGAGCCGGUUUUGAAGAGCCCAGAUAUGAACAAGGUGAUAGCGAGUACUUAAGUACUUACUUUGGUUUAAAGGAUGAGGAUGUAAUGACGAGUCCACUUGGAAGUACUGAAGCCUUUGAAGAUCGCAUUAUCGUCUUCCCCAAUUUCUUCCAACACCACGUUGACCCAUUUGAAUUAAAAGAUAAACAGAAGCCAGGCCAUAGAAAGAUUUUGUGCUUCUUUGUUGUGGACCCCUACGAUACUUUGGCAAUUACUAGUGAUGAUGUUCCACCACAACAAGAAGAAUGGUGGGCAGAUGAACAAUUAAAGGACUACCUUCCUGACUUAUUGAAGGAGAAAAUCCUCAAGCUUAAGGGCGAGAAGAAUUGGCCCCAAACGAUGAAAGAGGCCAAAGAAAUGAGAGAGGACUUGAUGAAGGAGAGGUCUGUGAUUAUCGACGAUGAUAUCUUCGAUCCUUACGAGAGAGAAUUUUCGCUUUGCGAGCACUAAAUGGACUUCCAGUUCACUUGUUUUGCAACCAGUACUGGACCGUGAACAUUGCCCGUAUUGAGUGUUUGAGAGGGCAUUUUAUUUACAGAUUAUAUAUGAUUGUUAGCAUUAAAUAACGCAGUAUUGGUCAGGUAUUUAUAUCUACAUGAGUAAGAAUUUAUCCCAUGG